AUUUAAUAAGUUGCUAAGUUCUAUGCUUGGGAGGGAAGUAAGCAAACAAAAGCCAAAACCCAAAAGGUAUAAAAAGAAACAGGAAAAAAGAGAGAUCCUGAGAGAAUAUGAAAAUGGAGAGUGCUGUGCUGUCUCUGAAUCUAAAAUGGCGUACAAUUCAGGGCUUCUCUCAUGUUCUUCCAUUAUCCUGCUUCACCAUUUAUACCUCUCUUCUCGUUUUGGUUUCGUCUCAUCAAUCCACUCCAACCCCAAUCCUCCCAAUCUGCUUGCAAUGCAGUCCCAACAACAGGAAACGGAUGAAUUAGAAGUAAACAAGAGGCUGCUUCAGGAGCUUGAAGAUAUGGGAUUCACAAUUGGCCGAGCAGCACGCGCACUUCACCAUUCAGGCAAUGCUAGCCUUGAGGCUGCCAUAAAUUGGAUUAUUGAUCAUGAGAAUGACCCAGAUAUUGAUCAAGUGCCCUUGAUAGCAGUGAACAUAGAUAUCGAGUCUCCUCAACCAUUAACUACUGAGGAAAUACAGAAUAAGGUGCAAGAAUUAAGGGAUCAAGUUCGCAAGAGGAAUGAAGAAGAAGAAAAGAAACUUGAAAGGGAAAAGGAGAAGGAAAGGAUUCGAGCUGGUAAGGAAAUCCUUGCGGCAAAGAGAAUCGCUGAAGAAAAUGAAAGAAAACGAUAUUUAGCCUUGAGGAAAGCAGAAAAAGAGGAAGAGAAGAGGGCAAGGGAGAAAGUUCUUCAGAAGCUAGAAGCAGAUAAGGUGGAAAGAAGGCGAAUGCUUGGAUUGCCACCAUCAGUUAGCCAUGAGGCUAUAAAUACUUCCAGACAUGUUGUACAGGAAAAAAAGAACUUUUAUCUUUCUGCUACAAGGGCUGAGCAAUUAAGAGAAUGUUUAAGGUCUCUCAGGCGCAAUCAUAAGGAUGAUGAUGCUACAGUCAAGAGGGCCUUUCAAACUCUUUUGAUUUAUGUGGGGAAUGUUGCAAAGAAUCCUGAUGUGGAAAAAUUCCGAAAGAUCCGAAUCACUAAUCCAUUAUUCCAGGAAAGAGUUGGAAGACUGAAAGGAGGCAUUGAGUUUCUUGAACUUUGUGGAUUUGAGAGAAUUGAAGGGAGCAAUUUCUUAUACCUUCCUUAUAACAAGGUGGACAUGGCACUUUUAAACUCAGCUGGAACUGAAAUAAGAUCUGCAAUAACAAAUCCCUUCUAUGGUCUUCUCUCUUAUGGGUAAGAGACAAAUGGGGGCUAAGGUAGGUCCACUGACUAGAUUCUUCAAAUUAGGAAAUCUUAACGAUAAAUGACUAUUAUGUUCAUUGUUGUUGUAUAUUGGGUUCCCAUGUUAUUAUGUAAGACUAUCAUGUUCUGAAAGCUUUUGGAAAUAAAUACAUUAUUAUUCUAUUUUC